GUUAACUAAGUUGCUUUGUUGUAGGUGGAGAUCAAGAAAGCUGAACCAAAGAAAAACUCAAACACACCACAUGGUCCUUCAUAUGGUAGCAACUCUAGGGGUCGUUCUUUUGAUGAUGGCUUUGGUGGAUAUGGUGGUUCCUAUGGGGGUUUUGAUGGGGGGUUUGGACCUGGUCCUUAUAGGACACCUGGGGGUUUUGGCGCUAGACUUGGUGGUGGAUAUGGGUAUGGUAGUGAAUUUGGUGGUGGUUAUGGGUUUGGAGGUAGUAGCUUAGGAGGCUAUCGAGGUGAAUCUUCCCUUGGUUACUCUGGUCGUUUUGCAUCUUAUGGGGGUGGUUUUGGUGGUGCUUAUGGACCCUAUGGUGGAAAUGCUUUAGGUGGAUAUGGUCGGGGAGGUGAAGGUUAUGGCAGUUACGGAGGUUCAACCUAUGGUAGCGGUUAUGACUCUGGUCCAGGUGCUGGUUAUGGAGCAGGUGGGAUUUAUGGCAGGGGAGGCUAUAGUAGCAGUAGUCGGUAUCACCCAUAUGCCAGAUAGGAUGGAGGCAUUUUGAUGCAGUUCCUUAAACCUUGUCCUAGAAGAUUCCUACAGGUUCCUCUAGAUCUGUGUUGUGCAUCAUUAGGUGCUUCGACACAAAGACUAGUGAAGUCUUUUAAUUGGUAGCAUGCUGAGAAGCUUUCAAGAUCAGAUAUUAAGACUAUUAUUUUCUUCUUUGUAACGCAAAAACUUUUAGAAUGCUUCGAAUUAGUAUUGGGUUGUGUUGCAGUCUUACUCUAGUUUGUUUAUUGUUAGCUUGUUAUGGUAGAAUAUAUAUAGGAUCACAGUUUGGAGUGUGUUAUUAUCUCCACCAGAUGGAUGUAGAAAAUUUAUGAUAUGGUUUCUAUUUUAGAUUUGCAUGCCAUGUUUUUGUUAGUUAGGUCACUCUAAAGUGAUUGCUUAGCUGCCUGAGAAUUAUCAUGGACUAAGUAAAUAUGUUUAGGUUUGAUGUGGGUUAAUUAAUCACAUAUCCUAGUUCUGGAACAAAUCUUUGUUGGGAGCCACUGUUGGGAUGGACCCUAAUAGGGAGGGCUAGGCCAAAGCUCUGGAUUAUCUACUUUGAAAUUCGUUUGAAAGAUUAUGUAUGCACUUGGGAAGGAUGGAGUGUGUAUUAAUUGAUGUGUGGAAAUAAUUGCUGCACUUGGAAGCUUUAUUGAUUUUAAUUGUUUUUCUUUAUUAUCUGAUCUAAAGUUUGUAAUUGUUGAUCUGUUGGGUGCAUCUUUUCUCUGUAGACUUAUGAUAUUAUAAUUAAUGAAAUGGCAAGAGUGCA